GUAAGGUUAAGCUCUUGCAAGGAAAUCGAACCUAUCUAUCCAAGGAUGCUGAAAGACUUGCCUGAGACCUGGCAUUCAUAAAGACUCCCUGUUCUAGUGUUCCCAAGAUUCUACGCUAAAGUGGUGGUCGUCGAUCUUUCAUGAAACAAACAAUGCCAAUGUCAACGGGUAUAAAGCCACAGCCGUUGCCGAUCAUUUUAUACUCCCAACAACAUCAUUGGCUCAUUCGUCAAGGUCAAGUCUACCAUUACCAGAACCGACGGACACUAGUCACGGUGUGCAUCUUAUCCACCCAAGCCCUACUACCCUUGUCUAACUCUGCGACAAUGUCUCGAAUCACUGUCAUGUUCGUCUAUCCCCUUCUCUUCGCCCUCACGGUGAUUGGAAUGGGAAUACCCAACCGUACUGAACCCGGUGCGGAGCUCGAGGCGUAUCACGCCUACGCCAUGUGGAACCCGCACUCCGCGGCUUUCGACACCAUUCUGCUGGACAACGUCAUGCAGGAAUACCUGCGCGAGCAAGGCAGCAUCAUGGUGCUGAAGCCCGAGCCGGAGGCGUACGCUCUCGGCGUCGACCUCGUGACGAACGUCGAGCGUCUGAUGAACGAUGUUGUCCUGGAGCUCUUGGCGCUCCUUCCUGGCCGCGCGGAGGACCAUUUCGCGGAGAUUGAGGAAGUCUGCGAUCUCAUGUUUGGCAAGGGGCUCGCCGCGAUUCUGGUUGAAGAGUUUCUGGAGGAGGCCACUAUGGAGGACCUGAACGAUCUCGAGCUCACGGUGGGUCUCCUCCAGCGCGCCGUCGAUGGCCUCGUGCCGGACAUUCGCGCCCUCCUGCCCAAGUUGGAGCAGGUGGUCGGCCAUGUGAUGCACUUCGGUGAGGAGGAAGACACCACCACUCCCGCAGACAUGUUGCAGAAAAUUGAGCACUACCUUCUCGAGGAGGUCUUCCUUUCUCCGGAUGUGGUGGCUGUUUUGCGCAAGGUCAAGGACUAUGGUGCAAAGUUUCAGAAAGUCCUGCCCCGGCAGUUUCGGGAGCGGUUCGUCCAGCUCACGCCACCCGGCGGCUGGGCGUUCGAGUUGUCACUGAAUGUGAAUAGUGGCGAGGAUGAGGCUGAGCUGACGAUUGAUUUGAGUAUCCAGGAUAUCCUCAACCGCUGGGAAGAGCGCAAAGCUUCUGAGAAGGUCGAGCUCUAGGUGGUUGGUCGGAUAUCGCCGGAUGGAACAUCCCUUUUCUAUCUUGAACAGGCAUUUCAUUGAUUUUAGACUGUUUUGCUGUGAAGAAAAAUAUUAUCUAUUACAUCUUUCACCUUUAGUAAUCUCAGAGAUUGUACCUUGCGUAUACUUUAACCAGGCUUUUGUCCGUUUCUGCGCAGUUCUAAAGUGGUGUGUGGAUGGGGCUGGAGCCAAGAUCUCGACCUGCAAUGUAGACAGUUGCCACCAACCUUAUUAUGACCUCCUUUCACGACGAGUGAUACUGUGCCUUGUUGGCAAAUAAUGUCCAGCUAAGUCUGUAUAAGCACAAAACUAUCCAC